UCCGUUGGCGGACCCGGAAAGCAUUGACUGCAUGGUGGCGUCUGUUAAAUUUUUCUUGUUUAUCUACACGUUCCCAAUCGCGUAUUCCAUUUGUUCUGGAUCUAAUCUAGACUAUAAUUAUCAUCAUAGUUAUUGUAUAGACUAGGUCUAUUAGUAGAUCUAGAAUAUUUCUAUCUUAAGAGAUAGAUUGGAUAUUUUGGAAAAGGUGAGAAUGUCAGAAGGAUAUGUUGUUAGGUUACGCGGUUUGCCUUGGUCCUGUAAAGCUGAUGAAAUUCAGCACUUUUUAAGAGAGUGUAACAUAAAGAAUGGAGAAAAGGGAAUCCAUUUCACAUUUUCUAGAGAAGGGCGUCCUAGUGGUGAAGCUUUUGUUGAAUUAGAAUCUGAGGAAGAUAUUACCAAUGCUCUGGCACAAAAUAAUGAACACAUAGGAAGUAGAUAUAUUGAAGUAUUUAAAGUUGACAAAUCUGAAAUGGACUGGAUGAUUAAAAGAGCUGGUGCAGAUGUAGCUGGUGGUAUGGCAGAGGCUGUUGUUAAACUUAGGGGUUUGCCAUUUGGCUGCUCUAAAGAAGAAAUUGCUCAGUUUUUUACGGGGUUGGAGAUAGUUCCCAAUGGAAUUAUGCUCCCUGAGGAUCGGCAGGGGAGAAGCACAGGGGAAGCAUUUGUACAAUUUGCAUCACCAUCAAUAGCAGAGAGGGCAUUGAAAAAAGACAAAGAAAGGAUAGGUCACAGGUACAUUGAAAUCUUCAAAAGCAGCAUGUCUGAAGCAAAUGCUGCUGGUGGAAUCCGUGGUAGCAUCCGCCCACUAAUGGGUGGUAUGUCUUCACGGCCAGGACCUUAUGACAGAGGUGACAGAUAUGGAAUGGGAAUGGGUAUGGGGGGUAUGGGAGGAUAUGGAAGAGGACGAAAUCGUAACCUUAAAGGGCUUUACGAUGAUGAUUUUGAUGACUUUCCUUUUGCUGGUAUGAGUUUUGGAAUGCGAAACAGACGAGGAGGAGGAGGGGGCAUGGGCUUUAUGAGAGGUGGUGGUAGUCGAAUGAAUAUGGACAUGAUGGACCGCAGAGGGAUGCAGCCUGGUGCUUGCUAUAUUAGCAAGACUGGUCAUUCUGUACACAUGAGAGGGUUGCCCUUUCAAGCUUUGGAACAAGAUGUCUUUGAUUUUUUUUCACCAAUUCAACCUGUACGUUGUGAGUUUGAAUUUGGAGGCAAUGGGAGACCUACCGGAGAAGCAAAUGUUGAUUUUGCUACACAUCAAGAGGCAGUUGAAGCAAUGCAAAAGCAUAAAACUAAUAUGCAACAUCGUUACAUUGAACUCUUUCUGAAUUCUGAGCCCAACAUUCGUGGUGGGGGUGGGGGUGGUGGUUAUGGAAAUGGAUUUGGUGGAGGCAGCCUACUUGAUGGUGAUGGAUAUAAUGAUGACAUUGGAGGCAUUGGUUUUGGCCAGGGCAGCAAUUCAGGUUCUGGUUUUGGAGGUGGCUAUGGAGGAAGCCCCAGUCAAUCUGGAUUUGGUGGAGGUCAAAUUGGGUUCGGAAAUCAAGGAUCUGGAUUUGGAGGUGGUGGAUUUGGAUCAGGUGGCAGUGGCGGGGGCUCUUUUGGAGGCGGAGGUAGAAGUAUGAACAACUACGACAUGGGAGGAGGAUAUGGAGAUGGUAUGGGAGGAGGCGGUGGUGGUGGUGGACGAAUGAUGGGCAACAACUACACUGCAUUCUAAUUCAUCGCUCAUUUGGACAGAUAGGAUCAUCAUUAGUGUGCAUGGUAAAAAUGACUCUUGUGUACGGUGUAUAGAUGAAUAAUUGUUGCAUUCUUGACAAUGUUUUAUAUUUCAAACAAACUAUAACUUUUUUAGCCAUUAUUUUUUAAAAUUUUUUUUUUUUUU